AGCCGAGCGUGCACCAUGCUGACGGUCGCCUUUCCCCGAGCCCAGGUGUGCGAGAUCAUCGAGAGCCCCCUCUUCCUGAAGCUGAACCCCAUGACCAAGCACACGGACCUGCCCGUCAGUGUCUUUGAGUCAGUGAUUGACAUCAUCAAUGGAGAGGCCACCAUGCUGUUCGCGGAGCUGACCUACACGCUGGCCACGGAGGAGGCGGAGCGCAUCGGGGUCGACCACGUGGCCCGAAUGACGGCGACCGGCAGUGGGGAGAACUCCACAGGUGAGACCCCAGGGGUGCCUGUGUGGGGAAUGCUGGGGGAGGCGGACCCCCCAGGGGUGCAGGUGUGGGGAAUGCUGGGGACGGGGGGCUCCUGGGCCCGGAUCAGCCCCCGAGACACGUCUUUGUCACCUUUCCUCCUACGGCAGCUUUUCUAA